AUGUUUAUGUAUCCACGUAAGGGUCUCAUCACUGAUCCGUACCACCAAGAGGACAUCAUCAUACAAGACGAUCGGUUCCCACCUGAGUUCGCCGAGAACUCUCAGCAAUACCAACAGUCUUACUUGCAACCACCCUUCCAGUACCAACCGAACCAGUUCGCCUCUCCGCCGUCUUCCGCGCCUUCCUCUCCCACUUUCUCUUCUCCGACCUUUUCCAUUCCUUACCCUCCUCAGGCGGUCGACAACCAGUCUCUCGGGGCUCCUUCGAUGACCCCAGCUUCCUCAUACAACCCGUCUUUGGACGCUCAGAGCUCUGCCUCCCCCUCUUCUUCACAGCAAUAUCUAUCUCAAUACCCUCAAUACUAUACCCCCAUGUUGGCCCAACAGCCCAUUGCUCCCGGCAACCAAGCUUGGGACAGCAACUUGCAGCUUCUGAGCCCCGCUCGCAUUUCAUAUCCCCACAAGGCUUCCCCAACCGCCUCGUCACGAUCUGUUCACCACCAACACCGACGAUCUGACAGCUCUUCCAAGCCUUUGCCUACUCCUGUUCAGACUCCCAUCCAGAACUCGUUGUUGGCUCCAGCUUUCCAAAACUACGACCCAUCAAUGAACGAUGGUAGCAAUGUUGAGGUUGAGUCUGCGAUGAGAAGAGCGAUCAUGGCCCAGCAGUCACAGCAUCAAUCCUCUCCUCCCCAGCAACAGCAGAGCGAGUACUCUCACUCUUUGGCACCUUCUGUGUCAACUAUGAGCCACAACUCGCCCGUGACUCCUCAGAAUACCCUUGAUGAGCUCGAGGAUGCAUCCAAAUCGAUGACAAAUGGUGAGACCCAAUUUCCUGACCUUGACCAGUGGAUGGACCAGUACUUACGCCCCGACGCUACUUCAGAAUACGCCAACGGUAACUCGGGCAUGAUUGGUAUCCCUAAGCUGGACCGUACCAUUUCAGAUAUUUACCAAGACGAGCUCUACAACCCCGCCAUGAUGGCUACUCCUCAGGGUUCCAAGUCUAUGGGACAGAACAUGAUUGCCCCCCGCAAUGUCAUCGCCGAUCGAUUGCAGGCUGCUAACCAAGGACACAUGUCUGCUCGCUCGCAGUCUCCAGUUUCUGGCAUGAAGCGUGAGCGUUCGCCUUUCCGUCACAACUCUCCAUUCGCUGGCGGCAUGAAUGUUUCCGCACUCCAGUCUCAAAUGGCUACUAGUGUCCCCAUGGUUCAAAACGGAAUGAGCAUGUCUGCUCCAGGCACUACUGCUGACCUGAAGACUAUGUCUCCUAAGGAUGCAGUCUUGGAUUUCAACGAUGGCGAGGAUGCCGCUAUGGCUCCUCUCUUCCCUCCUCAGCAGGGUGAUUUCAACCUCGGGGAUGCCCUUGGACUGCGCCGUGAGCCUUCCGGAUCGCUUCAGGCUUCAACCUUGGCUACUAUGGAUGCUUUUCCUUCACAGUACGCUCCUGUUCAGCAAACAGUCUUCCCAUUUUCUCAGCAGAGCCAAGCUCCUCAGCAAACCUACAUGCACCAGCAGCAGCCUAAGCUUAUGCCGACCUUGUCUCACUUGGACUCCAAUGGCAGCGAUAUGCAUUCGUCUGCGGAUAUCACCCCACAGGCUCAGGUCAAGUCCCUUCCUAACGGAAUUUCCCGCCCCAGCAACACCACCUCGGAUGCGGGAACCUACACCUGUACCUACCAUGGAUGUACACUCCGAUUUGAGUCGCCUUCCAAGCUCCAGCGACACAAGCGCGAGGCUCAUCGCCAGACUUCCCCUGGUGGACACCUGAUUACUCGGGACACUACACUACGGAAUUCUCAGGCAGGCCCCCACAAGUGUGAGCGUCUCAACCCAUCUACUGGAAAGCCUUGCAACUCUGUUUUCUCCCGGCCUUAUGAUUUAACCCGACACGAGGAUACUAUCCACAAUGCCCGCAAGCAAAAGGUUCGGUGCCACUUGUGCACCGAAGAAAAGACGUUUAGCCGCAACGAUGCGCUCACCCGGCACAUGCGAGUGGUGCACCCUGAAGUUGAUUGGCCUGGCAAGCAGCGUCGCCGGGGAAGAGACUGA